AUGUCUUCCCAGAGAUCUCAGCGCCGCUGCCGGCAGCUGGCUGCAGUGGUUCUGAGUCUCCUCACUUUUCGCGCCUUCGUGGCGCCUGCAUCCAGACGAUCGAUCUUGGAGCCUUCCAGGGCCCAAGCCACACAGGUCCUGGACCGUGUGGAGAUUCCCGACAGUUUUCCAGAUGCCAAUCCACAAGGAAUCGAGAAUCGGUACUGGCAGUGGCGCGGGCAGCGCAUUCGCUACCAGUUUGCAGGCGAGGACAACGAUGGGCCAAGCGUUCUCUUGGUCCAUGGCCUGUUUGUCAAUGCAGAUCACUGGCGAAAGAAUCUUCCGGCACUCGCCAAAGCCGGCUUCCGGGUGUUUGCCAUAGACCUGCUCGGCUCUGGCUACAGUUCGAAGCCGGCGCCGUGCAGCGAGGAAGGUCGUGCUAUCAACGGCGAGAAUGGCCGAAGUUUGGAUGCGCCAUUAGUCGACCUCGUUGAUGCCUCGGGCAACGAACGGGGCCCGAUCCCAGUGCCGCAGAAGCACCCCUUGGGAUCUGUCUACAACUUCUUCACGUGGAGCGAGCAGAUUCGAGAUUUCACGAGGGAUAUCAUCGGAGCACCGGCUGGCGGUGUCACAUUGGUCACCAAUUCGAUUGGAGCCAUAUCAGGUCUCCAAGCAGCAGUUGACGAGACCGACCUUUACAACGGGGUGGCAAUUCUCAACCCCAAUUUUCGCGAGCUCCACGUGGCCGAGCAGCCUCCAUUUCUUCCUCCUAUCGUCUCAGCAGUUCAAGGGACUUUGAGGGCCUACGGACAGCCACUGUUCGACGCCUUGGCCAACCCUGGGACUGUCGGUGAGAUCUUGAAGGAGCCAUACCAUGAUCCCUCCACCGUCACUGACGAGCUGGUGGAUGUCCUCCUCAGCCCACUCUUGACACAAGGAUCCGCCGACGUCGUCUUCGACACCUUGUCGUACUCAGCUGGACCUUUGCCCGAGCAGCUGUUGGCUGACAAACGCCUCUCGAACGUUCCUGUGUGGGUAUGCUGGGGCGAGGAAGAUCCAUGGACGCCGGCGCCUCGUGUCAAAUCUUUGCGACGGUUCCAGCCGGUUCAAGAUGUUGUGCCGCUUCCAGGAGUUGGUCAUUGCCCACAUGACGAAGCACCUGAAGUGGUAAACUCUUUCCUUGUUGAAUUCAUCCGGCAAUUAAGGUCAUGA